AUGGGAGAAGUGGUGAUCUGUGCACCAAGUUGCUGUGGGAGAGUUAUUUAUCUUCCAGUUGGUACUUACAAACCCGAGAUGCUCCAGAAGAAGAAUGCUGUCUUGGUGGAUGGAGUUGUCCUAAAUGGUCCAAUAACGGACUCAAAAGCAGGGGAGAAGUUUGUGGAAGAAGCCUGUAAGAUUAUAAUGGAAGAAGUAAUCCAGAAAGCUAAUGAUGUAACAGAGAAGGUGUGUGAGUGGCGGGCCCCUGAAACGCUAAAAACRAUUCUUGAUCUGGAAAUGAGGGACACUGGAGAAUCUCAUCGGAAGCUCUUGCAACUCUGCCAAGAUGUUAUACAAUACAGCGUCAAAACCAGUCAUCCAAGAUUUUUCAAUCAACUCUAUGCUGGAAUGGAUUAUUACUCGUUAGUGGCUCGUUUCAUUACAGAAGCGCUGAACCCAAGUGUGUAUACAUAUGAAGUGUCUCCUGUAUUUCUGUUAGUGGAAGAAGCAGUCAUCAAGAAAAUGAUUGAGUUCAUAGGCUGGAAAGAAGGUGAUGGCAUAUUUAAUCCAGGUGGCUCUGUUUCUAAUAUUUAUGCUAUGAACUUAGCAAGAUACAAAUUUUGUCCUGAAAUAAAGGAAAAGGGGCUUUCAGGAUUGCCAAGACUGGUCCUGUUUGCUUCAGAAGAGUGUCAUUACUCCAUGAAGAAGGCAGCCUCUUUCCUGGGUAUUGGUACAGAAAAUAUUUACUUCAUCAAAACAGAUGAAAGAGGUAAGAUGAUACCUGAGGAACUGGAGAAACAAGUUCAACGGGCCAGUAAAGAGGGGUCAGCACCAUUUCUUGUCUGUGCUACAGCAGGCACAACAGUGCUGGGAGCAUUUGAUCCUCUGGAUGAAAUAGCCGRUAUCUGUGAAAAGCAUGGUCUCUGGCUUCACGUUGAUGCCUCUUGGGGUGGCUCAGCUUUGAUAUCAAAGAAGCAUUGCAAGCUUCUUCAUGGCAUCCACAGGGCUGACUCUGUUGCCUGGAAUCCCCACAAAAUGCUCAUGGCAGGAAUCCAGUGCUGUGCUCUUCUGGUGAAAGACAACUCUGGGCUCCUGAAGAAGUGCUACUCCGCUCAGGCAGCCUACCUGUUCCAGCAAGACAAGUUCUACGACGUCAGCUAUGACACGGGCGACAAGUCCAUUCAGUGCAGCAGGCGCCCGGACGCGUUCAAGUUCUGGCUCAUGUGGAAGGCACUGGGAACUGCAGGCCUUGAGGAAAGGGUAAACAGGGCCCUGGCCUUAGCUAGGUAUCUAGCAGAGGAGAUUAAGAAGAGAGAGGGAUUUCAGCUUCUAUUGGAGCCGGAGUAUGCGAACGUUUGCUUUUGGUACAUUCCACCAAGCCUAAGAAAAAUGGAGGAAGGACCUGAAUUUUGGCAGAAGCUGCACCUGGUUGCUCCUAUAAUUAAAGAGAGGAUGAUGAAGAAGGGCAGCAUGAUGCUUGGGUACCAGCCUCACCAGGGCAAAGUCAACUUCUUCCGCCAGGUGAUCAUCAGCCCGCAAGUGAGCCGAGAGGACAUGGACUUCUUGCUGGAUGAAAUAGAGCAGCUCGCCAAGGACUUGUAACGCUGCUUCCACAGCACCAGGAUCCAACAGUGCAUGCCAUUCCCACUGUCAGGCUCUCCAGGAAAAAAGGUAUGGAAAGUUGAACAAGGUCAUGGUCACUGUCAGAGCAGUAGACAGGAGCGGCAGUCGCUUCGCAGCACUUGACAAAUGGCUUUAACAGUGUUCUGGAAAUGAAUAUUCCUGCGCUGUUACACUGAGCCACUAGAU